AUUCCUAUUUUUCAAUGCCUAGAAACCUACCCUUUUUCUGUUGUCAAUUGAUUAAACAAAUGUACAAAUUGUGUCCACACGUGUGAUGAGAUUGAUGGUCGAGAUAUUCUUAAAUUAGCGUCUAAAUUGUUUAUUAAUAGUUUACGACUUAAAUCAAUAUAAUAAUAAAUUACGAUGUAUAUAAGUUACAAACAAUUUUCAUAAUAAUGUAGGAUAUAGUUGGUAGGGUAUUAUUAUAACUCUAUUUUUUUGGGGUGGGACUGGUUGGCCCUGAAACGCCUUGGUAGCACUUUUUUAGUGCUUAUUUAUGCAGACUUCUGAAACUGGCUGAGGAGUUGGUGAAACUGGGAAAUCAAGGAAUCGAGAUUUAGAGCGAAAAUAAUGGCAGGGGGGCAAGGAGUUCAGAUUCCCAAAGUGCGACUUGGAAGUCAGGGACUUGAGGUCUCAAAAUUGGGAUUUGGAUGUAUGGGCUUGACUGGAAUCUACAAUUCUUCUCUAUCUGAUGAAGAAGGCAUCUCAAUACUAAAGGGAGCUUUCAAUAAGGGAAUCACUUUUUUCGAUACUGCCGAUGCAUAUGGACCCCAUUCUAAUGAAAUCCUGAUUGGAAAGGCCUUGAAACAGUUACCAAGAGAAAAAGUUCAGAUAGCCACAAAGUUUGGAAUUACAUGGGUUGGACAUUCUAUGACAGUGAAGGGAACCCCAGAGUAUGUGCGGUCAUGUUGUGAGGCUAGCUUGAAACGCCUUGACAUAGACUACAUUGAUCUCUAUUAUCAACAUCGUACUGAUACGUCUACACCUAUAGAAGAAACUAUGGGUGAGCUGAAAAAACUGGUGCAAGAGGGAAAGAUCAAGUAUAUAGGUUUAUCUGAAGCCAAUCCACAGACAAUAAGGAGAGCACAUGCAGUUCAUCCUAUUACGGCCCUACAAAUGGAGUGGUCAAUCUGGACACGUGACAUCGAGGACGAGAUUGUUCCUCUCUGCAGAGAUCUAGGGAUAGGUAUUGUUCCUUACAGCCCCCUCGGUCGAGGCUUCUUUGCUGGUAAAGCCGUUGUGGAAAGUUUGCCUGCUGAGAGCCUAUUGAGCUUGCAUCCUCGAUUCAUCGAAGAAAACUUGGAGAAGAACAAGUGCUUUUACACACGAAUAGAGAGGCUUGCUGAAAAGCACCAUUGCUCUCCUGCUCAACUUUCUCUUGCAUGGGUUCUCCAGCAAGGAGAUGACGUUGUUCCAAUUCCAGGCACAACCAAGAUAAAGAAUUUGGAGCAGAACAUCGGUUCCUUGACAGUGAAGCUCGACAAAGAUGACCUGAACGAGAUUUCCGAGGCAGUACCUGAAAGCAAGGUUGGCAGCACUUUUUAGUGCUUAUUUAUGCAGACUUCUGAAACUGGCUGAUGGGUUGAGUAUCCAAAUAUCGAAGUGAAACGGGGAAAUCAAGGAAUCAAGAUUUAGAGCGAAAAUAAUGGCAGGGGGGCAAGGAGUUCAGAUUCCCAAAGUGCGACUUGGAAGUCAGGGACUUGAGGUCUCAAAAUUGGGAUUUGGAUGUAUGGGCUUGACUGGAAUCUACAAUUCUUCUCUAUCUGAUGAAGAAGGCAUCUCAAUACUAAAGGGAGCUUUCAAUAAGGGAAUCACUUUUUUCGAUACUGCCGAUGCAUAUGGACCCCAUUCUAAUGAAAUCCUGAUUGGAAAGGCCUUGAAACAGUUACCAA